CUGUCGCUGCUGGACACCUGCGCCGUGUGCGCGCAGAGCCUGCAGAGCCGGCGCGAGGCCGAGCCCAAGCUGCUGCCCUGCCUGCACUCCUUCUGCCGCCGCUGCCUGCCCGAGCCCGAGCGCCAGCUCAGCGUGCCCGUGCCGGGCGGCGCCAACGGCGACAUCCAGCAAGUUGGUGUCAUCAGGUGCCCUAUAUGUCGCCAGGAAUGUAGGCAGAUAGACCUGGUCGAUAACUACUUUGUGAAGGACACAUCGGAAGCACCAAGUAGCUCUGAUGAGAAAUCAGAACAGGUGUGCACCAGUUGUGAAGAUAAUGCUAGUGCUGUGGGCUUCUGUGUGGAAUGUGGGGAAUGGCUUUGCAAGACAUGCAUAGAAGCACAUCAGCGAGUAAAAUUCACUAAAGAUCAUAUGAUCAGAAAGAAAGAGGAUGUCUCCUCUGAGGCCGUGGGAGCAUCCGGUCAACGUCCUGUUUUCUGUCCUGUCCACAAACAAGAACAGUUAAAACUUUUCUGUGAAACAUGUGACAGACUGACAUGCAGAGACUGUCAGUUACUGGAACACAAAGAACACAGGUAUCAGUUUUUGGAAGAAGCUUUUCAGAAUCAGAAGGGUGCAAUAGAGAAUCUUUUGGCCAAACUUCUUGAAAAGAAGAAUUAUGUUAAUUUUGCAGCUACUCAAGUCCAGAAUAGGAUAAAAGAAGUAAAUGAAACUAACAAACGAGUCGAACAGGAAAUCAAAGUAGCUAUUUUCACCCUCAUCAAUGAAAUCAAUAAAAAGGGAAAAUCACUCUUACAGCAGCUUGAGAAUGUGACAAAGGAGAGACAGAUGAAGCUAAUACAGCAGCAGAAUGACAUCACAGGGCUUUCGCGGCAGGUGAAGCAUGUGAUGAACUUUACCAACUGGGCCAUUGCAAGUGGUAGUAGCACUGCACUGCUGUACAGCAAGCGGCUGAUUACGUUCCAGUUGCGUCAUAUUUUAAAAGCACGAUGUGAUCCCGUCCCAGCUGCUAACGGAGCAAUACGCUUCCAUUGUGAUCCCACGUUUUGGGCAAAGAAUGUAGUCAAUUUAGGUAAUCUUGUUAUAGAAAAUAAACCAACCCCUGGCUACACUCCUAAUGUAGUAGUUGGACAAGUUCCUCCAGGAACAAACCACAUCAACAAAGCCCCAGGACAAAUUAAUCUAGCACAGCUGCGGCUUCAGCAUAUGCAACAGCAAGUAUAUGCACAGAAACACCAGCAAUUGCAACAAAUGAGGAUGGCACAACCAGCUGGGCCUCUUCCUAGGCAAACAGGCCCUCAAAUGUUACAGCAACAGCCUCCUAGGUUGAUCAGCAUGCAGACCAUACAGCGGGGUAACAUGAACUGUGGGGCUUUCCAAGCACACCAGAUGAGAAUGGCUCAGAAUGCUGCUCGUAUACCAGGAAUACCACGCCAUAAUGGACCACAGUACUCCAUGAUGCAGCCACACCUACAGAGACAACAUUCUAACCCAGGACAUGCCGGGCCCUUUCCAGUUGUUUCAGUGCACAACAACACUAUCAAUCCAACUAGUCCUACGACAGCCACCAUGGCAAAUGCAAACCGUGGUCCAACAAGUCCAUCUGUUACAGCAAUAGAACUUAUUCCUUCAGUCACAAACCCAGAGAAUCUACCUUCCCUGCCAGAUAUCCCACCCAUACAGCUGGAAGAUGCUGGUUCAAGUAAUUUAGAUAACCUGCUAAGUAGAUAUAUCUCAGGCAGUCACCUACCCCCUCAGCCUACAAGCACUAUGAAUCCUUCCCCAGGACCCUCCGCGCUGUCUCCAGGAUCAUCAGGGUUAUCCAAUUCCCAUACCCCAGUGAGGCCACCUAGCACCUCCAGCACAGGCAGCAGAGGCAGUUGUGGUUCUUCAGGCAGAACUGCUGAGAAGACUGGCAUUAACUUCAAGUCUGACCAUGUGAAAGUCAAGCAAGAGCCCGGGACAGAGGAAGAUCUAUGCAGUUUCUCAGGAGCAGUGAAGCAAGAAAAAACAGAGGAUGGCAGGAGGAGUGCAUGCAUGCUUAGCAGUCCUGAGAGCAGCUUGACACCACCCCUCUCCACUAACUUGCAUCUGGACAGUGAGUUGGAAGCAUUAGGAAGUCUUGAAAAUCAUGUAAAAGCUGAACCAGCAGAUUUAAGUGAGAGUUGCAAACAGUCUGGACAUAGUCUUGUAAAUGGGAAAUCUCCAGUGAGAAGUCUGAUGCAUCGGUCAACUAGAGUUGGGGAAGGCAACAACAAAGAAGAUGAUCCAAAUGAAGACUGGUGCGCUGUAUGCCAAAAUGGAGGCGAUUUGUUGUGUUGUGAAAAGUGCCCAAAAGUGUUUCAUCUCACUUGUCAUGUACCAACACUUCUCAGCUUCCCAAGUGGGGAGUGGAUAUGUACAUUCUGCAGAGAUCUAAGCAAACCUGAAGUAGAAUAUGAUUGUGACAAUUUGCAACAUAGUAAGAAGGGGAAAACAGCACAAGGCUUAAGUCCUGUGGACCAAAGGAAAUGUGAACGUCUCCUGCUAUACCUAUAUUGCCAUGAGCUGAGCAUUGAAUUCCAAGAGCCAGUCCCAGCCUCGAUACCAAACUACUAUAAAAUUAUAAAGAAGCCAAUGGAUUUAUCUACAGUAAAAAAGAAGCUCCAAAAGAAACAUUCCCAGCACUACCAAACUCCUGAUGAUUUUGUGGCAGAUGUCCGGCUGAUCUUCAAGAACUGUGAAAGGUUUAAUGAAAUGAUGAAAGUUGUUCAAGUUUAUGCAGAAACACAAGAGAUUAAUUUGAAGGCUGAUUCAGAAGUAGCACAGGCAGGGAAGGCAGUUGCAUUGUACUUUGAAGAUAAACUUACAGAGAUCUACCCAGACAGGACCUUCCAACCUUUGCCUGAAUUUGAGCAGGAAGAGGAUGAUGGUGAAAUAACUGAGGACUCCGAUGAAGAUUUUAUACAGCCACGUAGAAAACGUCUAAAAUCAGAUGAAAGACCAGUGCAUAUAAAGUAAUCUGAUGAUAUGGACCUAAACCUAUUGUAAAAACUGUUAUUUAAGUGUUCCUGGAAUAUUAUCAUGCCUUCAGUGGUCAUUUUGAAGAAGCUGAUAGUUUUUAGACAGUAUUAGAUUACAAAAAUGUGUACAGAAACAUUCUUGUCAACGGGGGAAAAGUUUGGUUGUAAUUUUGGGGAGGGUUGGAUUACUUGAAAUUCCUUUUCUUUUCCAGAGGUCUCUCUUGGCAUGUUCUCACAAAUAGAGGUGGGUGAAUGUUGAUAAAGAUGCAGAGUUGAUAUAGGAUGCUCCUUGUACAGAUAUGUGGACUGUCAUACUGAUUAGUGAUCUUAAGUCUGGACCAAUACAGCAACUGUAUAUCACUUCCAUGAUGGACUGCUGUCUAAACUGUAAGAAAACUUUGCUAAAAAUCAAUCCCCUCUUGUGUGAACUUAAGUGUGAAUUGCAUCAUUGCUUUUAUCUUCCCAUUUAAGUGAUGUUGUGAGUAACUGAUCUUCUGUGUUAAUUCUAGAUUCUGCUUUCUUUCCAACUUUUUAUGUAUAGAAACAUUACAAAUGAUCAUUAAACUCUUCUGAAUUGGCAAGUGCAGGAGUGUGAGUUCUUAAUACAUGCAGAGCUAAGCCUGGUUGCAAUGAAUGUUUUCCGUAGGAUUCAUGCAUAUUUAUUAAUGGAAUCUUACGCACAGGACCCUUACAGGCAUUUCUAGUUGAAAUUCUUAGGAUUUUAUUGUCUCGUCUAAAUCUCCCUGCAGAGACAGAUAGUGCCAAUAUUAGUUAUAUAGUUUUCUGUACAUACACAUUUAGACUGAGAAGGUAAUUAGUGAUUUUCCAGUCUUCCUUGAUAUCAGUUUCUGAUAGACCACUAUUGGCAAAAAAUAACCUGACUACCAAAUGUGUAAAAUUUUCUGUAUUCACUUUGUCUUAUUUGUAAAUAGUGGACUGAAAUUUUCUGCAGAUCGGCAACAUUUGCUGAGCUGUUUUUAAGCUUAUAUGUAUUCUUACUAAUGUUCCUAUCAAGAACAGAUUUGUAAUAUAUGCUGUCUAUUUUUAACAUUGCAUUCAUACUGAGCUUCUAUCUUAUUUUAUUAGAAAACUACUCAGAACUUUCUUCAGAAGCAGCUUAUAAGUGAAAUAUCUGGAAAAAAUAGAAUAAACCUGUUGGAAUUUGGUUACUUAUCCAGCCACAAAAUGGAGCACUUGCACAGACCUGGGGUUGAAAGGUUGAGUGAUUUCUAGUUGCAUUCUGAAAACAGAUUACUCACUAUCCAAGCUCUGUUUCAAAUAGGCAUCUAUGUUCUACCAUCCCACUGAAAAUUGCCUUGAUUUCAGCAUUUGUGGGUAGACAGACCUGUACAAUGAGCUAGUUAAAACUUCCUCUGACAUGAUCUGCAAGGAUGGGCACCAAGAAAUGUCAUUGUUAGCAUUUGCAUGGAAUAAUUUUGUCACAAUAAUAUGGAACAGUCCUGUGUGUGAGUGCAAACCAGAUCAGGAUAACCAGAAUGUAAACUUGCUAUAAAAUUUUGCUAAAAUACUGCAGAUCAAUGGCAAACGUUUUGGGUUUUUUUUUUACAUUCAGCACGAUUGAUUUAUAUGACAAAAACCACAUGUAAAGAAAGAUUUAUCUUAACCAUAAAAUAGAGGUAAAUAUUUUUAGCAAAAAAGUAUUGAUUCAUCAAAUCUUAAAAAUGUAUUUAUACACAACACUUAGGAUUAAGUUUCUUCUUACAUAGUCAUAAAAAUGAAUUCACAUAUGACCAAAAUCCCUUCUAAAAUAUGGAAAGGGAUUUGAAGGCAUUGACAGUUCUUACUUCCUUGGGUUACACUUUAAACUUGAACAAAACUGUUGGAUUCAUUUUGUGUUUUUGUUCAAACAAUGUUUUCCUCAGAGGAUUUUGUCUCAUGUAGCCAUUAUAAACCAUUUACAUUUUAAUGCCAAAAGUAGUUACCCAAUUUCUUGUAAAACCUACAAGUCUUUGAGUGUCAGUAGGAAAGGGUGGGAAAUAUGCAUGGGAAAUUCUAAUUUUGGUAAGAUUAGCCCACUCUGACUAUUCUCCUUCCUUGCGCAGUUUCUAGUUUAUCAUCUCAGAAAAUCUUGUCCAUUUGAAAAGAAUAUUCACUAUUAAAAUUACAGUGAAAAAUGAGAUCUCAUGGAUUGUCUUCAGUUUGUGUUGCCAGUUUUUAUGGCAUUUAAACACACUGUUCUGUAGAUAUAUUAACAUUUUGAAAUAACAUCUUGGACAAUUUAUUCUAGUUCCACUCCACAUAAGCAGGUAGAUUCUCUUUGAGGCAUUUUGUUAAAUGUUAACAAAGCUUGUAUUCCAUUAGUUCCAUCUACUAACCAUUGCUAGUGACACUCAGCUUUGAUCUUCAAGUUUUAUUCUUGCACAUUAUCCAGUAAACUUUAAAAAGUUAGUUUUUCCUUUCAUCUCUGCAGAUGACAAUAAAGAUUAUUUUGCUAUUGAUGUUUAUAUGACAUUUUGAACUGUUGGCAAGAAACCUUAAGUUUUCUUAUCUUGUGUACAACCAAAAGAGAACAGUCCAAUUAAGUAAAUGAGAACAGAGAACAAUCAAAUCAAGUUAAGUUUUCAUUCUUUUCUUUCCUUUUGACACUCCAAAUAUAUUAAAUCAGAGUAACACUUCGGAAUUAGCUAGAUUCCAUUCAUCAGUGAUGCUGACAGAUAUAUAAGCUACAUUUAAUCUAUUUUUUAUUCCCUUAGACUGUGAUCAUAAAUUUAUCCUAGAACUGUUUGAGUUCACUCAGCCAGAAUGUAUUUGUGCCCAGUUACAUUUAUUCUAUUUAACAGCAAAUUGUUGAAUUUUAUAUAUUAACAUCUGGACAUGUUGGGAGCAGCCUCUGUUCAGCAGUUAAUGGGUACUGAAGGAUACGUGUGCAAUAGACGCAAAUAAAAGUUGAGCUACACUGGGAUUUAGAAACAUGCCUUACGUUAAGGAUGAGCCUAGGAGCAGAUAGUGGGGGUGCACUGUGCAUGCAUCAUUGUUGUAUAUGCUCAGUUGCAAUGUUCUAAUGUGAUGGCAAGAAGAUGCUUUGGCAUGUGAUGUAACAGUAUGCUCUGAUUUUUAAAUGCUCCUGUAAAAAGAUCAUUCACAUCUCACUUUUUGUUGUAAAUGGUUUUGAGGUUUAAGUUAAUCCAAAGUAGUAUAAAGCAACUUGCUUUGAAACAGGAGUGAAAAGUGUACAGCAUACUAAUUGUGGACUUCUCAAUUACCUCAGCAGGUAUCCUGCCAUAUAAUUACUAGUGAUUAAUGUUAAUUUAACCAGCUACAUAGAUUCAGGUCUCCUAACUGUGCCCUGGAAUUAAGUGGCCUACCAUAUAAUGUUAAGGCUGAGUUACUAUCCAAAAAAGGAUGUUCCUCCAAUUUUUGAGUAGAAAUGCUCUGUUAAAGGUAGAUAGCUUGUUUCUUGUGAAAUAUCACCAUUAAUACUAUGUGGUGUGGCAUCGAUGGAAUGUCAGAAUACUCAACACUGGAUCAAUGAAAUGUUUUAUAAACAUUUCCACAAGCUACCAGAACUGAGAUCUUUAAAAUUAACCCAAGCUUAACCAUUCUGUUGUAUAGCCUAGUUUGUUAGCUGAUCCUAUUUAAGCUUAGGUAAUGGCAACAGUGUUUUAAAGUUGUGUGUAUGAUGUACUGGAUGUAGGCUUUUUUUUUUUGUUAUUCUCUUCCUUGGAAAAAGCAAUAAACUGCUUUGUCUGUUGCCUAUUAGCAUGACAGGAAUCCUUUCCUUUGGAUAGUGAUUUUAUAGGAAAGUUUGUAUGCAUAUCACCAAGUCUAGCUUUUAAAACUAAAAGUGUGCAGGAGUUAUUGACCAUAUAGUGUGGCAUUUUAUUUUAAAAAUUGGGGAAAGUUACAUAUUUUUUUAAAAAGUAGGUGUUUGAGUAAAUAAUGGAGGUACUUUUUUAACAAAUUUAUAUGCCACAGUUUACAUAGACCUAUUUCAAACUAAACAUAUACAUUAUAACUUCAGAUACGGCAAUUUCUUUGUCAAGGUGCAUGUACAGUAACACUUCCAUCUUAUUUUCUUGUGUUUGCCUACUAGUGUGUUUCUUCUUGUGUUUUUAAUGUAUCUGAAUCAAAAUAGUUUUCAAAAUUUGCAGUUAAUGCAGAUAUCUUUAUUGUAUUAUUACAUGUAUGAAAUGCAGUUUUGCCCUUUUCUAUUGAAUGAUCUUUAUAACUGAAGGCUGCUUUCUUUAAAAUUAACUGAAUUUAUAAGGAAAGGUACUAAAAGAAUUCUAUAAGUCUGAUUUAUUAUAGCCUUCCCUCUAAAAAGUGACACAAAUUUAAAGGAAUAAAAUAAAAUACAUGACUGGUAAUGGUCUGCAAAUGCGAACAUUUCUUAAGUUCAGAACAUCAUGAAACAUGUAUAUAGCAUAUAAAGAUUUAUGCAGUCACAAGCUUGUUUUAAUUUUAUACGUAAGCAUAUUCAUGGAAGAGUUAAAUUCACAGCAAUCUCAAUAAUUUCUUGUUUCCAGCAAUUAAACUGGUAUUCUUUUUGCACAUAGAUAAUUUUGCUCAUCCUUCAGUAUGAUUCUUCAAAAAGUGCUGUUUGUGAUAUUGUAUUCUCUGAAUAAUCAUAUUUAACUUUUUUAACAGUUACUGUUUCUAAUUGUUCCGUUCCUGUGUUUUUUGCUGGUGUGUAAUAAAGGCAAGUUUUUUCUUUUCAUGAUUAUUUAAUACAUUAGCUGCCUGUAAAUAUUUCUUGUUAAAUGCUCUGGAAUGUGAUGUAGAAGUUGUAUUAGAUCAAUUUAAAGCAUUGUUUAAAAACCACUUUGUUUUGGUUAUUUCUAUUAAAUUAGAAAAAUGCAGAA